CUGGUGGGCAGGUUGCCCCCCAAACAGGCCGUUCUGGGCCUCUGAGGCAUCAUGGUGGGGAGCUACUGCUGUGUAAUAAACUGCCGCAGCAGCAGCCACGACAGCCGCCGUAAAAAGCUGGACCACGGUUUAUCAUUCUACCGGUUUCCAGCGUGGCGCCAAAACGAGGGGAGCAAAGUUUCUGACGUGACGAAGAGGCGCCGAGAAGCCUGGGUUUCCGCCGUGGGACGGCCUUGCAUCUCGUUUUCCCACAUUUCCGCCUCCAUGAGAGUGUGCUCCCGCCACUUUCACUCAGGGAAGCCAGCGUACGGAAUGCUAGAGUCCCAUCCAGACUGGGCACCAUCGUUACAUCUGGGCCACGAUGAGAUCAAGGAAUCGGAAACGGAGGGUCCUGCAAGUCAGUCAAAAAGAAAACGCCCGAGAAAGUCUUUAAAGACGACGACUGCAGAGACCGACCCUCCCCAGACUGCACCAGGAGACACACGGGCAGGAGGGAAGCCAGCGUACGGAAUGCUAGAGUCACAUCCAGACUGGGCACCAUCGUUACAUUUGGGCUGCGAUGAAAUCAGGGAAUCGGAAACAGAGGGUCCUGCAAGUCAGUUAAGAAGAAAACGUCCGAGAAAGACUGAAAAGCAGACGACUGCAGAGACCGACACACCCCAGACUGCACCAGGAGACACACAGGCUGCAGAAGGAACUCCCACAUAUGGAAUGCCAGGAUCACAAACAGACUGGACAUCGUCGCUACAUCUGGGCCAAGUCAAGGCAACAAAGACAAAGCGCCCUGUGCACAACAUAAAGAGACAAAAUCCAAGCAAGACUUCAAAGAGGAAGAAGAGGACUGACACAACUGACACAACCCAGAUUGCACCAGUGGACACCAGAGACACAUGGGCUGCAGAAGGUGGGACUGACAUCAGCGAGCCUGCAGUCAAGUUGGAGACAGAAUGUGAUCCUUGCGCUGAAAUCCGCCACGUGUUGAUUAAAAGCGAGGCCGGAGAGAGGGCCGAGUGUGAUUUUUGUGAAUGCAUGCGUGCUGAAGUCAACAGCCUCUUGGAAGAAAACGGGGAGCUGAGGCGAGAGCUUAAUGAGAGGAAGAUGAGCGAAGAGUUUUUGAAAGCGGACGAUGUUAAAGUCAUGUACUACACUGGUCUUACGAGCUUUGCUGUUUUGAUGGACGUGUUAAACCACAUUAAGCCAUUUCUACCACAAAUGAAUAGAAUAUUGUCACCAUUUCAGAUGCUUUUCUUGACCCUCAUGCGCCUGAGACUGGAUCUACCAAUCCAACUCAUUGCUGACCUUUUCCACACAGACUUAAAGACUGUUUCCACCACGUUUGGUGACACUAUGGACGUCCUGUAUGCACAACUUGGCCCCCUAAUAGACUGGCCAGAGCGACAGUGUUUGCUGGCCACUAUGCCGCCAAAGUUCGUUGACUCCUUUGGGAACCGUGCUGUAAUAAUUUUGGACUGUUUUGAAGUAGGAAUUGAAGGCCUAUCCAGUCUGAAAGCCAGAGGACAGUCAUUUUCCCACAACCAAUACAAUCACACAGUAAAGUACCUCAUCGGCUUUACACCAGCUGGAGCUGUUUCAUUCGUUUCCAAAGGGUUUGGAGGCUCCUGCAGCGACAAGCAUGUAGCGGAAAACAGCGGCCUACUGGACAAACUGUUACCCGGCGAUUUGGUGUUGGCUGAUCAUGGCUUUGACAUUGAGGACAGUGUGGGAAUGAUGUGUGCUGAAGUGAAAGAUCAUGCGUUCACAAAAGGACAGAGGCAGCUGGACGUGAAGGAUGUGGAAGAAACCCAUCGAAUAGCUCACCUCAGAGUCCGCUUGGAAAGACUGAUGGGCAGUAUCCGGGAUAAGUACGCUGUGUUAAACAAAACAGUUCCUAACAGUUUGCUGCGUCCAUGUGAGGGAGAGGAGGUAACACUGCUCGACAAAGUGGUCACCGUGUGCUGCGCACUAGCGAACAUAUUUCCCAGCGUGGUCGUAAAGUACGAUGACGGACACGAUGAAUGAAUUACGUUUAGUAACUCGCUUUAAUAACAUGCACAUCCACAGACUGUUCAGCGUAUCUGCAUAAAUGCAUUGAGACAGAAUCAUCCAGAGUGCUUUGAUGUGAAACGCACUGUAAGAGUAAGUAUGUUUACACUGGUGGUGAUAGGAACCAGACGUCUGAAGUUUCCCUCUAGUGGUACGGUCACAUUUUUGUGCUUAAAAAAGUCACUCUGCAUGUGGCCAGUGGCAUGAAGCCACACAAAUGUUGGCAUGGUGUCUAUGAUAUGAAAAAAAGGAUAUGUUGGGAGAGGUUUAACCUUUGUGUGGCGUUGAUGUGUUUGUUAGACAGUUGUCUGGUGGACCCACCACAGUAUUGCUUUUUUAGAUCAUAACAGUUUAUGUAAAAAUACCAGAUGUUUAAAAUGUCACAAAUGGCCAGUGUAGGGUUCUCCUGUAGCAGCUAUAGCCAGUCAGCAGCCUGUCCAUUUUGUCCAGCCUCACACACACAUAUAGACAAACACACAGACAUGCAAACUAACAACAGGCCAUGUAGGAGGACAGAGUGAAGGACACAGCACCUUCACACUUUUAUUCCCCAUGGGUUCAGCCCAAAACCACAUGUGGAAUAUUAAUGUGUGGGGGCCAAGGAAUCUGCUGUUGAAAUAAUAAUAAAUCACAAAUGUUUUCUUUUGGUUGAAAAUGGGUCCCACAGACCCUGACACCACACAAGGGUUAAGGUGAAAGAAAAGGCAGGAGAACGCAGAUUCAUCUGUAAGUUCAUGAGACAUUUGGUGUCUGUGGCUUCUCAAAAAAUCAACUCGGUUUAUUUACGCACUGCAUUGAAUGACGACAAAAGUUGGGAAAAAUUGAACUCUUUGCAGAGCGUUCCGCUCACCACUGACAGUGAGCUGACACAUGCACUACUAUUCUAUUAUUAAUGUUACAUAUUAAACCAUUAAUGUUCACUGUUGGUUUUGGACAGUUAGUAAAGUGGCCAUAUUUGUAUUGUUUUGGUUUAUCGAGUCCUGUCACCACCACUGUAAAUACUUUCUCAACAGUUGACCAUUUCACAUCAAACCACUCUGAAUGACUUUGUUUACAUCUCAACCAUUGAAUUACGCCGAGAUUUGGGGCGGGGGUAAUAACAUUGAGUAAUAUUAUUCGUAAUUUGCUGUAAAAAAGUGCACAACCUUUUCAAAAAUGUGGUUAAUUGGAUUUAACCAAUUAUAGUAUCUGUAUCAAAAUAAAUAGUACUAUUUUCAAGCCAUGCAUCAGUGGGUGGGACCUCAGGCAGGGCCUGGUGGUGUUCACUCAUAGAUUGACGAAUUAUCUAGGUUAGCUACGUGGCCUGCCUGUGUUCUCUGACUAGUUAUAGGCGUACUACACGCAUUAUUAGUUUGAUGUCAUUUUUAGUUCAGGGUUUCUGAAUGUUUGGUUGAUCUUUGCUCUUGGUGAGAAAAAUGAAAUGGAGCCAUGAUAAUUAUGUUAUGUUGUAUGUUGUAAUAGGCUAAUGUGAUGUUGGUCUGCAAUAGGCUAGGGUUCAUAACCUAAAGUUACAUAAUAAAUAACAUAAAUCGCCCAUUAAAGAAAAUAAUUGAGAUUUGAGAGCUUAUUUACAUCAUUACAAUAUAUGGUUUGAGUCACAGUUGCUCACAGUGGUGGGGAUAGGAACCAGACGAAAGGGUGUAAUACCUC